AUGAGUUUUUACAUUUACCGUGCUCCUGAAGCUUAGAAGGUGCAAUCAUUUCCCAUCACAUUGUUGGAUGGGACUGGGUCUAUGCAUAAAGAAUAUCCUCGUGCUAUAAAUGCAUAUAAGACAGUCUUCAAUGAAUUGGGAAAGAAAAAAUUAGAAUAUUAAUGGGCCAAGGAUCUGUACCCUCUGGAGCCUUUCAAAUAGGCAGGAUCAGGAAAUAUUACAAAUACUUUGACAAACAUGUUUCAAAUGCUGCUGAGUGAGAAGGCAAAAAUUCCAAAAAAUAUAACAUUAGUUUUCAUUAGUGACGGGAAGGAAGAAUUUGAUUUGGAUAAAUUGUUGGUGCUUAUAGAAAGGAUGAGACACAAAUACUUAAUCUAAUUUAUCAGUGUGGCUGUUGGAGACUAAUUUCCGAAUUCAAUUAGCAAUACCUUAAGAAGCAUGAUCCACAAUCACGAUCCAACUUGUCCACCUUUAUUCUAAAUCACAAGAUCGAAUACCAAAAGUUUUUAGUAAAUUCAAUAGGAAUUUGAACACAUCUUUUGGGAAAUUCGAAAACGACUACUUGUAAGUGGAGAAAUGAUUUUAAUAAAUCUUCCUGUCUUCUAUACUAUAACAUCCAAAAAACCAUAAAACAGUGUUAUUGCGAAUAGUCUCUUCUUGGUGGAGAAAGGUAAAACUGUUGUUAUGGAGAACCGUCAAAUUUAACCAACUCAUAAUGCACAAGAUAUUUAUUAGAUGAUCAUCAACUCUGUUCAAUAAGCAUUUAUUAGUUAAGCCUAGGUGAAAUUUCAAGAUGCACAACACGAAUUUGGCUAAAUCUAGCUUAUAAGUCAAGACUUGUUGAAACAAAUAGAUAAAUCUCAAUAACAUGAUUUGACGGAAGAGCAAAAGAGUGAAGAGAUCAAAGUGCAUGCCACUCUUAAUGUUGCCAAACAAAUAGCUUAAGGUUAAUUAGAUCUUACAAAUGCAAAAGAAUCUGAUUUGACUUCCUUGUAAGAUUAUUUAGUGAACAAUGUACAUAAGUUUACUGAGUUGGCCUCUAAACUUAAGUCUACUACUGCUAAAAUAGUUAAAGGCAUCAAAAGUAUAAAGGGAUUUGCUCAAGUAGUCUCAAAUGCAUAACAUAUAAAUGAACUAAAGAAAUCUCAUGCGUAGGAUCAUUCUGAAGAUGGAGCAAAACAUGAAGACAGUAAUUAAUUAUCAGAAUAAGAUUAAGAAUCCGAAUAAGAUAAAAUGAGUUCAACUUAAGAAAUUCAAUCAGCAUAAGAAAUUAAAUCCGCCUAAAUUAUAGGUUCAAAUUCAGAUGUUUUAAAUUAAAAUGAUUCAUCAAAAAAUGACUUUGAAGCAUCUCCUUAAAUUAUAGAAUAAAUCGAAGAACCAUAAGAUGUAGACGAUCUUAAAAACUAGUAGAUUGAAGUUCCUUAAAAUCAAGAGGAUGAAGAUGAGUAGAUACAGGAAGUAUAAGAAGAGUAAGUACCUAAAAACAAUGCGCAUGAAGAAUAACCAAACUAAGAACAAUAAAAUGAUAAAUAGGAUGAAGCUUAACCAAAGCAUAUUAGUUUAGGAUAAAUGACAAAUAUUUUAGCUGACAUUACAAAAGAGGCUUAAGAAAAUACAGACUAAGUAGAAAAAAAUCAAUAAGAAGAAUAAUUAUAAGGAAACUAAAUAAAUUAAGAUGAUGAUCAAGUAGAUUAACUCUGCACUACAAAUUAAUAGGAAGAACAACAGAUUGUUGAAAAUUUGGAAUAGGAAAAUUAAAUAGAAUAAGAUAAUUCCAAUAAGUAAGAAGAGAUUUAGGAAAUUUAAGAAGUUGAAAAUGUUCCUGUAUAAUUUGAAUCUUAACUUGAAUAAAUACAAGAAGCAAGCUAGGCUGAUAAUACAGAUUUACCUCAAGCAUAAAUAGAAUAAAAGCCUGAGUUGCAAAAUUCCGAUGAGCCAGAAAUAAUCUAGUAGAAUGAAAACAAAGAAGAGGAUUUAAAUAACCAACCUGAAUAACUUAACCAAAUACACUCAUAUCCAGUAAUUGAUGAUGAAGAAGUUAUUUAAAAGAUGCCGAUAGAUAAUGAAGAAUUAGUUUUAUUUAAAUAACCUAAAUUAGAUGAAUUUCAUAGUUAAUCCUAGAACAUUAUUUUAGAUGAACCAGUUGAAAUUGAGAAAAUAGAAUCAACUGUUUAGAUUGAAAACUUAAGAGAAGAAAUUGAAGAUAAUAAAUAAGUUUAAAAUCUAAAAGAACAAGAGUAACAAAAAUAAUUAGUGGAAUAAGAUCCUGUACCUUAACAGGAAAAGGAAUAAAGUAUUGAAGACCUAUCAUAAAUCGAAUAAAAGGUAAAUUAAAAUAAUGAGAACUUUGUUGAAGAAAAUAAGCCAUUCUUAGUGGAAAAAGUAGAGUAACCACAGAAAUAGGAUAAAGAAAAUCAAAAAUAACAAGAAAUCAAUGAAGAAAUAGUGAAAUAAAAAGAAGUGGAUUCCGUAGAAGCAGCUAACGAUAAUGAACAAGACAAAUUCCCUUAAGGAGAAGGAGGAAUGGAGGAUGCUGAUCUAGAAUUAAGAGGAUAGAACUUUGAGAAUUAAGAAAAUGUUCCUGAAGUUUAAUAGUAGCCUGAAGAAUUAACUUAGCAAAGUAAGACUGGCAAGAAGAGUUAUCUAUGGUUGAUGCUUUUAGCUGUAGUAGUUGGAUACACAGUAAGAAGAUUUAGAAAAAAAUGA